AUGGAGGUGUUGAGUGCAUAUGAGGUAGCUUCUGGGCAGUUGAUAAACAAGUCUAAAUCAACAGUAUAUGUGCACCUUUCUACUAAUGAUGACGCGGUGAGGAAGGUACAAAGAAUCACUGGGAUUCAAAGACAAGAUUUUCCCUUUACCUAUCUUGGUUGUCCAAUAUUUUACUCAACAAGAAGGAUAAAUUACUAUGAAGGGCUUAUUAAGAAGAUUCUGGAUCAACUACAGUCUUGGAAGGGUAAAUUGAUGUCCAUGGGAGGAAGAGAAGUAUUGAUCUCUCAUGUGCUACAAAGUAUGACUAUUCAUCUUCUCUCAGCAGUGAAUCCACCAGCCUUUGUGAUAAACAAACCGCUCAAGCUAUUUGCCAGAUUUUUCUGGAGUAAUUCAAUUGAUGGAAGAGCUAGACACUGGGCAUCUUGGCCCAACCUUUCCUGCCAUAUGAAGAAGAAGGUGUAUGGUUUAGGUCUUUACAUGGUGUGUCUAAGGCCUUAUUCUGUAAACUAUGGAGGAACUUUCGUACUAAACCUUCAUUAUGGAGCUCUUUCAUGA